CUGUGUUGUUGUAUAAAAGAGUAGAGCGCGCGCGCCGCGCCUCCGAUUUGUCGACAUGGCGGCGCUAGCGAGAUUGGUGGUGUUAUGUUUGGUGGCGUGCGCAUGCGCACAGUACCAGGAGGAGCGCUCGCCGCGGUACAUAGCGUCCGAGUCCAAGAACCCUUCCACACCCGUGCCUAUCCUCAAGCAGAUUAACAGGCACAACGAGGAUGGCUCCUACACGUACGGGUACGAAGCAGCUGACGGCUCCUUCAAGAUCGAGACCAAGUCGCCCGCCGGAGAGGUCAAGGGCAAGUACGGAUACAAGGACGACACUGGCAAGCUGCGAGUGAUCGAGUACGGAGCCAACAAGUACGGCUUCCAGCCGGCCGGCGAGGGCAUCACCGUCGCGCCGCCCACGCUCGUCGACGAAUCCACCAGGGACGAGGGACUGAGGCCACAAAAAUCUCAGGGAGGCAACCGCAACCAGUACCGCGCGCCUGCACCGCAACAGUCCAUAGACUACGACUACAACGACGAGCCCGCGCCGCGCCCCGCUCCCCGUCCCGCGCCCGCCCCCGCCUACCGCGCGCCGCAGCCGCGCCCGCAACCGCCACCGCAACCGCAGUACAGGCCGCAACCGCAACCGCAGCAGCAGUACAGGCCAGCGCCGCAGCCGCAGCAGCAGUAUAGACCCCCGCCCCAGUCUGCGGCACCAGCUCCCCCUAAGCCAACCUUCUUCGCGGGCGCCGCUCCCGCCCCCGCCCCAGCCCAAGACAACAAUAACUUCUUCAACCCAGAACCCCAACAAAGGCAAUACAAGCAGCAGGACUUCAGGCCCGCGCCCCAAUUCGCGCCCAAGCCCCAAAUAGAGUACGCUCAGGACUUCGCCCCUGCCCCUCCUCAGCCCAGAUACAACCAGAACCAGUUCCCUCAGCAAAGGAACCAGCAACCAUUCUCCAUGCUCGACCAACUCCUGAAGGAGUAUGCUCUACCGUCAGGCGGCGCGGCGCCCCUCCACGAUAUCACCUUCGGAUCCUACUAGAAAACCGAUCCUACUAGGUUAAGGCCAUCUCACUCUUUGUAAAUAUGUAGCAUAUUUUUUUAUUAAAACUAAAUAGAGUUAC